GAUCGAGCGUGCGUCACGGGCCUAUAACACCGGGCUGUGUUCGGAGUAGUGUUCAUCAGACGGGGUAUACCAGGUGUGUGGACGGAAUGCUGCCCUGGACAAAGAUGUCGAUUGUUAGAGUUUUAUGUUUCGUUGCAGUCUUGCAUUGCAUGUCUGGGUUUGUCCUCAAGAGCGAUGAAGAAAAACUACAAGAAAGAAAAGACAUCAAGAGGAUAAUAGAAAUUCUAAGAAAGGAAAAACUGCGAAAACUAGCCACUGUCCAUAUUGAACAUAAAAACGCACUAAGAAAUGCUGAAGAGGAAAAUCAGAAGGCAGAAUUGGAGGUGCCUGAGGAAGAAGAGAUUGAGCCAUCUCUUAGCUUGUUUGAGAAAACAGAAACUCGAGGAUUCAAGAUCAGUGAAAGCAUCACAGAAGAUGAAAGAGAAGAGGAGGAAUUAGAAGAAGCUGAAGGACUAGAAAGCAGAUCUUUCAACAAACAAGGAAACGGCCAUGGUGCAGAAAUUGACGGAAAUGUCGAACCAGAAGGUAAUCCUGAACUAUUUUCACUGCUUAACAGCUUUUUGGAUGAAAAGAAUGGAGUCCAGGAACAAGGGGCUGGGGUUAAACAAAGCGUACAAAGCACAAAAGGAUUCGAUGGACUCCCACAGGUUAACACACGAACAGAAGGUGGAAUUGGGCUUAGAGUCUGAAUAUCCAGGAGAGGAGAAGAGGAACUUUGUUACAAACACAAACACAUUCUGGUCACAAGGCAUUGUACCUUAUGAAAUCAGCUCUGCUUUCUCAUCCAGCGAGAAAAAUAUUAUCGAAACAGCAAUAAAGGAAGUGGCAGAUAAGACCUGUGUGAAAUUUCAACCAAGGGCCAACACUAAUCCUAGUCAACUUGGACACAAUACUUACAUUGAAUUCUUUAGUGAGAGUGGCUGUUGGUCCUAUGUGGGACGAGUGUUCAGUGGCAAACAGCAGAUAAGCUUGCAAAAAGGAGGAUGCGUAACAAAUAGCAUUACUAUUCACGAGAUGUUGCACGCCAUAGGUCAGAUGCAUGAACAGUCGCGUACUGACAGAGAUAAUUAUGUCGCCAUGCUAUGGAACAAUAUCCAAGGAGGGCAAAAUAACAACAACAUGGCUAAAGAGAACACGCUGGACAACAACAGAUAUGACUAUGAGUCUGUCCUACAGUACAGUCUCUAUGCAUUUUCCAGUAACGGCUUACCGACGAUGGAGUUUUCUGACAGAAGAUUGGAUUUCCUUGCCAACUCUGCAGAUGGUCUGACAUUUUACGACAUAAAAGAUAUUACAGCAGCAUAUCAGUGUACCAGUGGAUGCAGUAUAAAAUCAUGUCAGAAUGGUGGCUUCCAGGACCAUACCUGUAACUGCCUUUGUCCAGAUGGUUUGAAAGGUGACCUAUGUGAACAGGUCGACACGGACAGCGUGUGUGGCGGGAUCAUUGAUGUAUCGGGAGGACCUUCAACCAUCCAGAGCCCUAACUACCCUUCCAACUAUGAUGUUAACACGGCAUGUACCUGGCUGAUCAAGGCCGGCCCCAAUGAUUAUAUCAAGGUCGAUAUUGAUGACCUUCAUCUUACUGAUAAUGGUGCUGGAAGAUGUUACCACUGGUUAGAAGUACAAUACAAUUUGAUUGGACAAACAGGACCAAGACGGUGUGGAGAUGUAGUUGGAGAGAACUAUAUUACAUCUAGUGCUGGACAAAAGAAUCUGAUGUUGCUCAGGUUUGACAGCAAGUUUAGCAGCGACCGCCCCAGCAGCAAGGGUUUUCGUCUGACUGUCAAAGCUGAAGGAGCAGGUUGUGCCAAUAAUCCCUGUCUAAGGGGAACGUGCAGCGCUACAGUAGGAGGUGGAUUUACAUGUGCAUGUGACCAAGGCUUUACUGGGACAACUUGUAAUAUUCCUUCAGUUACUGCCAGUUUCAGCUGUACCUUCCAGGAUCAGAAAUGUUUCCUUGCCCAGGCAACUGAUGACCAGUUUGAAUGGACAGUAGCCUCAGGGUCCACUCCAUCUUCUGGUACUGGUCCCACCAGUGCACAGUCAGGUUCUAACUACCUAUAUGCCGAAACAUCCAGUCCACGAGUACAAGGAGAUGUAGCUCGUAUGGUAUCCAUCUUGUCUAUGCCAGCCACAGCCAGAUGUCUGAAAUUCUGGUACUACAUGUUUGGGAGCAAUGUAGGCACACUGGCUGUCGCCACGUCUGGGACAAGUCUGGCCAAGAAUUCCAUAUGGUCACUGACUGGUGAUCAGGGGGCGUCAUGGAAACAGGUGACAUUAGAUAUACCAUCAACUGAUGGACUAAAGGUUUACUUUGAGGCCACAAGAGGAGGCGGAUGGCAAGGAGACAUCGCUAUCGAUACUGUAGAUUUGACCCCAGGCUCAUGUUCAAGUUCUCCACAGACAACACCACCAGCCCCGCCAACACAAGCCCCGCCAACACAAGCCCCGCCAACGCAAGCUCCGACAACUCGAGCCUCAACAACGCCACAAGAUCCGUGUAAUCCUAACCCAUGUAACAAUGGAGGAGCCUGUCUUAUUAAUAUUGGGAGUGGAUGUUUGUGUACCAAUGGAUAUGCAGGACAAUUUUGUGACUUGACAGUGACUGAGUUUUACAACUGUAAUUUUGAAAAUUCUGAAUGCUUCCUCCGUGACUCCACCAAUGAUAAUCAUAACUGGAUUUUGAGAUCGGGACCAACACCAUCCUCUAACACUGGCCCAACAAGAGCACACUCGCUUCCUAACUACCUCUAUUAUGAAGUUUCCAGUCCCGUAAAUCCAGGAGAAACUGCCAAACUGGAGAGUUACAAUGCUUUACCUGUUCAAGACCACUGCCUAUCCUUUUGGUAUCAUAUGUAUGGAGGAAGUGUAGGUAAUUUACAGAUAUCCACAGUCAAUUCAGGUGUUCUCUGGACAAAGUCGAGUAACCAAGGAGACAGCUGGAUUCAAGCUAACGUUAAUCUACCAGCCGAUCCUAAUUUCCAGCUUGUUAUUGAGGCCACAAGUGGAAGCAGCUGGAAUGGAGACAUUGCUUUAGACGAUAUAAAACUCACUAAUGGAACAUGCGCACUAUUGCCAUGUGAUCAAGCUACAACUUGUUUGAAUGGUGGGACCUGUGUGGCUGCCAGUAAUAAUGCCGGCUUCACAUGCAACUGUCCGCCUGGCUUCACAGGACAAACUUGUGACAGCACUGAGAGUGUGCCCUGUUCUACUUCACAGGAUCCCUGUAUGAAUGGAGGUAUCUGUACCCUGACGGGGAAUGUGAUGACCUGUACCUGUGUGGGUGGAUUCACUGGACAAUUCUGUGAAAAUCCUGGCACUACUCUGCCUCCUACAACAGCAGCACCUGGUACAACUUUUACCUGUACAUUUGAAUCUGGUACACCAUGUUUCUUACAACAGGAGUCCUUGGACACAUUUGAUUGGACAUAUCCCAGGUCCGGUUCAUCUCCGUCUUCAAACACCGGUCCUGGUGGAGCCAGUGAGGGAUCAUUUUAUGCAUUCAUCGAGGCAUCAUCCCCGCGGGUCAAGGGAGAUGUAGCAAUCCUUAUGUCCAAUAUUCUUCCAUUGGAGGAUUUUUGCCUGACAUUCGACUACCACAUGUUUGGAUCAACUAUGGGGACUCUUAGUGUGCUGAUUAACGACUACACUGCUACCUCAACAAUGAGUCCUGUAUGGUCGGAGUUUGGUGACCAGGGAAAUGUAUGGCACAAUGCAGCAGUCCAGAUACCUGCAACACCAUCUCUUAGAGUUUUCUUUGAGGGCAUUCGGGGUACUGGGUACACAGGGGAUGCAGCUAUUGACAAUAUUGUGAUGACGCCAGGAUCAUGUGGAUGUGCUGCACAGCCAUGUCAAAAUGGAGGACAGUGUACCGAGGAUUCUUUGGGACAGGUCACCUGCAGCUGCCUCCAGGGAUUUACAGGAGCAUUUUGUGAAAGUUUUGAUGGAACCUACAGUGCAUGUUCCUUUGAGGACAAUGAAGCCUGCUUCCUAAUACAAGAGCUUAAUGACAACUUUGAUUGGACUAUUGUACAGGGAAGUACCCCUAGCAGCAAUACUGGGCCAUCAGCUGCCUUUGAUGGAAACAAAUACGCUUUUAUUGAAGCUUCAAAUCCUAGAACUCAGUAUGAUUUUGCAGAUUUAUACGCAGAUUUGGGCGCCAAUUCUGCUCAACGUUGUCUGUCCUUUGCCUAUCACAUGUACGGAAGUAAUAUCGGUUCUCUAGAAGUUUAUCACUCCGACGCCCAACAAUUACUGAAUACAUGGACAAUGUCUGGAAACCAAGGAGACUUUUGGCAGACUGCUGCUGUCCAAAUCCCAGCUAUGAACAAUGGUCAGAUUUACAUCACAGGAGUGCGAGGAAAUGGCUUUAGGGGUGACAUCGCAAUUGAUGAUGUGGAAUUAAAAACGGGAAAAUGUGGAUGCCUUGGGAUGCCUUGCAGGAAUGGUGGAACUUGUACUGCUUCAGACAAUACCCUUGGAUUUACUUGUAGCUGUGAUUCAGGAUACACUGGUCAAGUUUGUGAGAACACUGAUGGGACUAUACCACUGACUUGUACAUUUGAAAUUGGAGCCCUCUGUUUCAUGGAGCAAGUCAACGCUGGAAUGGAUGCCUUUGAUUGGAGUAUCCAAACUGGGGGUACUCCUAGCUCAAACACUGGACCAGAUGACGCACACACUGGAUUGAAAUAUGCAUAUAUUGAAGCUUCGUCUCCUAGACAACCAGGGGAUAAUGCCAUCUUCAGCACUGAACAGCAGACUUUUCAACCCAUGGACCGUUGUCUGCGCUUCUACUACCAUAUGAAGGGAAGCAAUAUGGGGACUCUGAUGGUGCUUGCUGGUAACAGAGGACAGGAAACCCAGGUCUGGUCCAAGUCUGGCGUACAGGGAGAUGAUUGGCAGUACGCUCAAGUUGACUUGUCAAGUGUCUCUGAUCUUGUGGUCGCAAUGGAGGGUGUACGUGGAAAUGGAUGGAGUUCAGAUAUUGCUGUGGAUGAUAUAGAACUUAGCCCAGGACUUUGUUGAUGCUCUUGUUCUUGACGAUUUUGGGAAUGGACUGGAAAUGGAAAUGUUAAUUAUAUACUCUAUAAAAUAUCAGUGCUGUUUUGAAAUUUUAAUAAAUCCUUAAAAUGUUAUUGAAACAGGUUUGUUAUUCGCUGUUUUAUUAUUGUUCUGAAUUUUAAGUAAAGUAAAGAUAAGUCAAUUUUAUUCUGUUAA